AUGUCUACUCUCUUAUCCAGGUGGGACACACAAGCGGAUUUCACAACAACACAUCCACUACCUGGUGUCAAAGUAAAGCUGUAUACAGAAUCAGCAUCUAUGCUUUCCCUAGAUGAUAAGGAACUAGGCAAGGUUCUACAUCCCACAGCCAUGUCAUCCAAGGUACCUGAAUGGUACAAGAUGCAAGUUCCAAAAAAUACACCUGAAAAUAAUCUUAGAAUUAAGAUUGCUGUCAGAAUGGAUAAACCACAAAACUUAAAACAUUGUGGGGAAGAGUUGCUGGAAAAGUGGAAGAAACGGUAUUUUUGUUUAGUACAAGUGUCCCAGUACACAUUUGCCAUGUGUAGCUACAGAGAGAAGAAAAGCGAACCCACCGAGAUGAUGCAGCUGGAUGGGUAUACAGUGGACUACAUUGAGGCAGUGUCAGCUCAGCUUAUGGUUGGAAUGGAUCUAGAAGGUGGUAGAUUUUUCUUCAAUGCUGUAAGAGAAGGAGAAUCAAUACUUUAUGCAACAGAAGAUGAAAAUGAGUCUCAUCAGUGGGUGACGGCACUAUACCGGGCCACAGGACAGGCCCACAAGCCCACCCCUCCUGUUAUGCCUCAGGGGAAAAAUUCUACUUUAUCAAAAAUUCAAGGAGAUGCUGACAAGGCCAAGAAACAUGGAAUGGAUGAAUAUAUUGGUGCAGAUCCCAUCAGAUUUGAUCACCACAACCUUUUUAGAAUUCUACAAGGGCAAACAGUAGAAUAUCGUCUUGUUGAUCCAUAUUGUUCUUUAGGAUGGUUCAGUCCUGGCCAGAUUUUUGUGUUAGAUGAAUACAAGGCUCGAUAUGGUGUGAGGGGAUGCUACCGACACUUGUGUUAUCUGGAGGAUCUCCUAGAUCGUGCUGAGAAGGGCCAGAUGAUUGACCCAACCCUAAUUCACUACUCCUUUGCCUUCUGUGCCUCCCAUGUACAUGGGAAUAGACCUGAUGGUGUGGGGACUGUCCUGGCAGAAGAGAAGGAGUGCUUCCAACACAUCAAGGAGAGACUAAGAGUCUUACUUGAACACCAAAUUACAAAUUUUAUGUAUUGUUUCCCAUUUGGUCGACCAGAAGGUGCCCUUAAAGCCACAUUAUCUUUACUUGAACGGGUGUUGAUGAAGGAUAUAGUUACUCCAGUUCCACCUGAAGAAGUGAGAGGCAUGAUUAAGAAGUGCCUAGAAAAUGCUGCUCUCCUCAACUACACUCGUCUCUCAGCAGAAACCAGAAUUGAGGGUUUGUUACUCUUGAUCACUAUAGUAGUAUGAAUAUAGACUUUAGUUUUCCUUUUCCUAUAAUGAACAUUCACAUA